AUGGUGCUGGAGGACCUCAACGACUUUGAGCUCUUCCGUGCGUGUGGCCCGCUCUAUCCAGCCUUUGCGAUCGAGAGCCUCACCAGCAUCAUUCUCGGGCUGUUCUUCACCUACCUCGCCCUCCGCAUUGUCGUGAGGACCGAUGUCAAGCAGCCGAUAAAUGCAGUGUGGCUUAUGAUCCGUGACUACAUCUCCCCAGCCGCGGACCAGUGGUGGACGUUGAUGAAGACGUGGCCAGACAUGCCGAACAAGCCCUGUUCGGACAGGAUCGCAUACUGCCGAAACCUGAACAUCGCCAUGUGCAUUGCGCAGGCGCUGGCCGCAUUCUUCUCCGUGUUCCGCUGGCUGCACAUUGGCAACGUGAACGGUCUCCGAUACCUCGGCUACGCCUUCACCUGCUCGCUGAUGCAGGCGGAGUUGGUGGUUUUGAUCGCACCUUAUGUCCCUUGCUACAAGUUCAACGUUGUCGCCGUGGUCAUCUUCACCCAUGCCUUUCUCAUCUGCGGCUGGAUCGGCUCCUUGCACGAGGGCUUCUUGUUUGAAGACGCCUCGUGGGAGUUCUUCAAGUCGUCCUGGGAGGUUGCAGACUUGGUGAUCACCAACAAGGGCAUCACCAUUGGCAUCACGGCAUCUUGCCUCUGCUUCCUGUGCUUUGUGCAAAUGCCCUUCCUGGCCUUGUGCUACUUCUGCGCAGGAGGGUGCCGUGCCAACCGCGACCUCCCAUACCACUACCUUCGCUUGAUGUGCAGCGUCUGGUUUACUUGGCCGGCAUUUCCAUGCUGGUGGAUGGUCUCUGCCGAAGGUCUUGGCCUCUUCGGUGAUGCGAAAAGCAACGCCGUGGGCUUCGCCAUCUUAAACAUGAUCUCCAAAGGAAGCUUCACGCUUUCCAUGCUCAAGAUCGGCGCAGACCACCGUCGCAGGUGGCCAGAUCUCGCGCCGGCGAACAAGAGAAACCAAAGCUGGUUGGUGGAGAAGCUCCAGUGCUACGAAUCAGAGCACCCCAAGGGCAAGGAGCAGAAGUUGCAAGAGAAGAAGACGACGGAAGAAGAAGAAGAUGGUGAGUCCAAGGUGCAGCAGCCAGCGGCGGGAGUAGAGACGCUCUGGGUGUGA